UCGUAAGCCAUAGUGUUAGUCUUGCUCGCUGCCAAACAACGCGACAUACACUGCGCAAUCAUGAGGAAGCGAGGGGUGGACCUGCCUAUGGCAAGCGGAGGAAGAUCUCCAACCCCCCCACGGCGUCAGUUGAACAUGCCGGAUGCCACUCCAGCAAAUGUUUUCUCCUUCACAUGGGUGUUGUGCGGCUUUGCUUUGAUUUGCAUGGGUUACGGCCAUUGCUCUCGGCACUCGGAGCAGUCGCGACUGUACUGCGCAGAGGAUGUGUGCCGGUUCUCCAGAGACUCGACGGAAAACCGAAGUCGCAUAGAGUUCCAAUUUCUGCGAGAGAGCCUAGUGAAGGCGGAGGUUGCCCACCUGGACAAGAAGGGGGAGCUAGUGAGGGGAAAGCGGGCGAGUCGGCGGCAGAAGAGGGGGAUGGCCCAGACGUACACCGUCACCUGGAAGGACGCCGAGACGCAGGACGAGACCACACUCCCCAUCGCGAGCUACGGCCUCGGUCGAAAGGUGCCGCGCGCAAAGGUUGCCCGAAUAAUGCAGUACGUGCAGCGGCAGAUCGACGACCUCGACGUGAAGGAGGGGCGCUGGUUCACUGGCAUAGGCAUCGUGUGUUUCGUUUUCGGGGGUGUUCUGAUCCUGCUUAGGGUGGUUGUGGGGUCCAUCUUUCCGCAACCCCCGUCAAGACGAGACUUAUCUCGGAGACAGCUGUUCAAAUAGGAGGCUGCAAGGUCGUCGGGAUAUUCGAGGCAUGGUGAUUUGUUUCUGCUAUAUGCGGCGCAUGCAAGAUGGUACGGUAUUUGCUUGCUGCCGGUGGUGGCUACAAGUGUCUGUCUUGUCGGUUCGUCGUUGAGGAGGCA